UAGGUAUAGGUGGCUUCGUUUCCCAAGGGGUAAAGCUGAGCCUCAGAGGAACUGAUGGGCUCACCCUCCUCCACCAGAGCUGAGACAUGAACAGGUGCCUGUAACUUGGAAGUCCCUGCUCUACGGUACAACACACUGUCUCCCCUGGAAUGGGGGCCAGAGGGGAGGGUUGGAGCGGCUGCGGCCCCUGUCGCCCACGUCACUGUGCGCUGGCUGUUGGGCCGUUGCGCCCCCGCGGCCGGGGGACCACGCGCCCCCGCGGCUCGGCGGUGACCACAGCUCGGUGGAGACACAGCGGCGAUGGCUGUGCUGUGGCGGAAGGCAUAUGACUACGUGAGGACCAAGGAGUUCCGGGACUACGUGACCAGCACACACUUCUGGGGUCCCCUGUUCAACUGGGGGCUGCCGCUGGCCGCCAUCAAGGACAUGCGGGCGACCCCGGAGAUCAUCAGUGGCCGCAUGACCACGGCGCUCAUCCUCUACUCCAUGGCCUUCAUGCGCUUCGCCUACCGCGUGCAGCCGCGCAACCUGCUGCUCCUGGCCUGCCACAGCACCAACGUGAUGGCGCAGAGCGUGCAGGGCAGCCGCCUGGUCCUCUUCCGCUACGGCCUCCUGCCUGGGGCCCCGGGCACCGCCUCCGCCGCCCCCGCCGCCCCCGCCCACAGCCCAGGCAAAGCCACCGACACCACUGAGUGCCAGGGCAAGAGCGAGUGCAUCCCCGACAUCCCUGACCCCGACCCCAGCAGCUGCUUCUAG